CUCCUGCUCGUCCACCCUGCGCGCGGACAGCUGAGCUAAGCUAAAUGUGCUUCCAAAAUGGCGACGGGACGUCAAACAUUUGUAACGGCGCUCUUCUACUCGCUUUGUGGGAAUGCUGCUCUUUGGAUAUGUGGGUCUGAGAGUGCAAUGUAAUGCUGGCCAUGUCAAUGAUGUCCAUUGUGUGGUUGUGUGACAUUUGCUGUGAUUCUCAGAACUACGAACAAAGACGUGUGGGCCAAUGAAUUUGAAUCAAUAGAAAUGACCUGCUUGAUAGAGUCCAUAUCUACAAACAACCCUAGAAUUGAAUGGAAGAAAAUAAAAAAUGGGGUUCCCAGUUAUGUAUAUUUCCAAAAAAAAAUUUCAGGUGAUUUGGAGAACAGAGCACUAUUAAGAGAACCUGCAAACCUGCUGAUCCUGAAUGCCAGCAGAUCCGACAGCGCACUGUAUCGCUGUGAGGUGGCUGCCAUUGAAGACCAGAAACCCUUCGAUGAAAUACUUAUAAGUCUGGCUGUGAGAGUGAAGCCCGCCACGCCACGGUGCAGUGUACCAAAUUCAGUCACUGCAGGCUCUUCAACAGAGCUACGGUGCAUGGAGAGCGCAGGCUACCCUCUGUCUCAAUAUCAGUGGUUCCGCAACAACGAGGAGUUGCCUGAAGACCCCAAAACCAGCGUCCGCUUCUACAACUCCUCAUAUGUCAUGAAUACUGAGACUGGGACUCUGAAAUUCAGAUUAGUGAGGAAAGAAGAUACAGGGGAGUACCACUGCCAGGCCAGAAAUGAUGCUGGUUAUGCAAAAUGUGCAGCUCAGCUUAUGGAAGUCUAUGAUUUUGACAUCGGGAUGAUGGUCUUAAAGAUCGUAGCAGGAGUGAUCGCUUUCAUCGUUUUAACAGCGGGGCUCUGCGUGGCUCAUAAACACGGCUACUGUUCCUGCAGAGAGCACACAGAAAACGAUUAUAAAGUUCCUCAGUAUGACAGAAAGGACUGUGUCACUGCAGAUGAGGGGCAUUUCCGGCACAAAUCUUCAUUUGUCAUAUGACAGAGGAACGAUGAAGGAGCUACAUAGCUGAACUGUGUGCCACAAAUAUAAACUACCACAAUCUGAAUUUACUUCUGAGGUGCAUAAACACAAUCUUCUUUGCCAAAGCUGUUAACAGACAUCACAGUAUUUCACAGACAGAUACAGUAUUUCAAUUCUCUGGGAAAGUUCUAUUCUUUAUGUUACAGGAGAGAUCACGUGUAUACUUUCAACACUAAAGCUAGUGUAAUAAAGAUUUUUGUGUCAUUCACAAAAAGGGGUUUUUUUUGUUUUUUUUUUACACGUAGGAAUUUUGGAUUUUCAAACCCAAAAUCUAUUCAGAGCAUCACUUAGUGAUGAUAUGUGUACAUGGUUGUGUUUAUUUUGCAUCGUAGUGGAAGCGAAAGAGCAUCUACAGUACGUUCUGCUAUAAUCCGUAAUGCGUAUAAUCAGACAGAGCUGCACAAGGCAGGGGUGAAUCAGUCAGUGUGUGUGUGUGUGUGUGUGUGUGUGUGUGUGAUGCACAACUGAUUUUUAAUAUGUCGGGGUUAUGGAACGUUAUGUUUUGUUGUUUAAGUGUAAAUGACAUAGGUUGUAAGUACAGUGUAGUGUAAUGUUUUAAAGCCAGGUUUCAAAUCGUUUUCUAGUUUUACUUAAUUUUUUUUUAAACAACAGGUACACUCUGUGUAUUUUACAAUUCUGUCCAAGUGAUCUCUCUCUCUCUCUCUCUCUCUCUCUCUCUCUCUCUCUCUCUCUCUCUCUCUCUCUCUCUCUCUCUCUCUAAGUGACCUUCUGUAAUUUUUUUAUUGUUUUAUAUUCUAAUGGUUUGGACAAACUAUACAGUUUUGUGGCUGUGCUCAUGCUUUACUAUAUUUGUGGUAUUUGGUUGUAGCAAAGUCAAAUGGAAAUGUCAAAAAGAUGGUGGGCCAUGACCAGUAAAUAAUGAUAAUAUUCAUGACUUAAAUUACAUUGUUUGGAAAUGACCGGAUUUCUUUUUCCUCUAUUUCUUUUUCUGAUGUAAUAGCUCAUUGUCCAUUCACACAAUCAUCACCAAAUCCUUUUCUUCCAGGAUGCUGGUUUUAAAAUUGCUUUCUAUUACAAAGAAGCUAUUCCUGACUGUUAAAUAUUCAAACUGUCUUACAAUUCUGUGAGUUUUGACAAUUUGUCUUCCAUGACGGCAUGUCCCACUGUCUUACAGGCCGCAUGAACGACUUAUUACGAAUGCUGUAAUAAUAAUAAAAAAAAAGAAAGCACCAAGUAAAAGAAGGGUUUUGGUUUCAGACAGUGCAGUGAGGUAAACUCUUAUAUUAGAAAUGAAAUAUUACUACUUUUCCUUUGACAGUACCGGAAUGUGAACUGUGCUUGGUUUUGAUUUUGUGUAAUAUUCUGGCUUUAUGUUUGGAGAUGUUUGAUUAUGCAUGGCUAAGCCAAACUGUGCAAAUACCGAUGACAUACUCGAAACAUGCUUACAAUGAUUUAACAAAAAUUUUUCGAACUUAUAUACAGUAUUUAGCCUCACCACAACUGCCUGAUUGAUACAGAAAUAUUUUAGAGUAUCUUAGAAAAGGAAGAGCUAUCAAGUCUAAUGGGAUAUUCGUUAUUCGUCAUUACUGUGUGCCAGUUCAUUGGCAGUGUCGGUGUAGUCAUUUUUGCUGCUUAAAUUACAUAUAUACGUAUACUGUACAUGUGUACAUAUAUAUGUCUAAAAAGGUGCAUUCUGGCCAAAAUGAUUCCAUAGUUAUUCCAUAACUAUACAAAAUAAUUCAAAUUGCAGUUUCAGACAUAUCGUUUAUCUAAAUGGUGUAUCGACAUCUAUCUAUCUAUCUUUAUAUAUAUAUAUAUAUAUAUAUAUAUAUAUAUAUAUAUAUAUAUAUAUAUAUAUAUAUAUAUAAAAUAGCUAACAUUCCAAGUACAAUGAAAUAUUUUGUGUGCCAUUUACAUGACAGAAUGAUCCGAUCACCAGUCCUCCUGUUGUUUUUGUAUCGUCAGAGCGUGUUCUUUUAUGUGGAGUUGGUGAAAACAAAAAAAGUUGUAAUGUACUUCUAAUGUAAGAUUUGAACAGCAUUAAACCGGUGUAAAGUUACGAUGUAUUUAUUUUCUGUAAAGUAGAUGACAACAUUACUCAGGAGUUUGAAAGAAGUGACGAUUUCUGUACAUUGUUAGGUUUUAGCGAUUCUAUUUGUUUUGUUUAAUAAAGACAUUGUUACAGAACA